CACUCGCGGCUGUUAUCAAUGAACAACGGAAACUAUAAACCUUAAGAGGAUUUUAGUUGCCACGGGGAGAGUUCCAGUACUCUCUACAACUACUUUUAUAUAAAUAUUUAUUUUUUUCUUUUAUCACAGGGGUACUAUUUUGUGUUUCCAGUUAAUACGUUUCACUUUAAAAACCCAUCUGGUACUUUUUAAAAGUUUCUUAGUUUUAUUCUUUUUUUACCUCUUUAAAACUUUUUACGCCAUGGCUUCAAGCAGCGUGACACUAGAAAUAACUUGCAACGAGCUGGUCCACAUCCUGAGGACUCCCCAGGAGCAGUACACCUCCAGCGGGUGCGUGGUGCUGGACUGCAGACCUUUCCUCGACUUCUCCACGACGCACAUCUGCGAGUCGCGCAACGUCAACUGGAACUCGAUGCUGCGCCGUAGGUCCAAGAGCUCGGUGGUGGCCCUGGAGUGGCUCAUCCCGGACAAGGCGCUCCUGGCCCGGCUGCGGCGCGGCGAGUUCUCCCCGGUGGUGGUGGUGGACGAGAGGAGCGAGUCGUUGGCCGAGCUGAAGUCUGAGAGCGUGGCCCAGAUGUUGCUCACCGCCCUGCAGAACGAAGUCCAGGCGCAAAUCUGCUUUCUGCAAGGUGGAUUUGGGGGAUUUUCAGAGGCCUUUCCGGAGCUUUGCUACAACUCUGGCAUCAACCACCUCCCUUCAGUGGAACCGGAGCCAAAAGUGACUGGCCGGAGGACUCCAGCAUAUGAUCAGGAUGGUCCGGUGGAGCUGCUGCCCUUUCUGUUCCUGGGCAGUGCCAUCCACUCGUCCCGCAGAGAGACGCUGGCAGCAGCAGGCAUCACAGCCGUCCUGAACGUGUCCUCCACCUGCCCAAACUUCUACGAAGGAGAGCUCCAGUACCUUCGACUCAACGUGGAGGAUACCCUGGUCGCCGACAUAAGAGCCUGCUUUCACACUGCCAUCUCUUUCAUUGACUCGGUGAAAAAGAGCGGUGGUCGGGUGCUGGUGCAUUGUCAGGCAGGCAUCUCCCGCUCAGCCACCAUCUGCCUGGCCUACCUUAUGCACACGCAGCGCGUCCGCCUGAACGAGGCCUUCGACUUCGUCAAGCAGCGGCGUCACGUCAUCUCCCCCAAUCUGGCUUUCAUGGGACAGUUGCUGCAGUUUGAAACCGACAUCCUCUGUCAGGGGUGAAAGACCAAGAGCGGCGAGGAAUUAAGUCUUCAAGCCACGGCUUUGUGAACAGACUCAGAUUCUUAUCAGGGCGUCAAACAAAUAAUCCGUUUGUACAGAACACACUUAACAAGGAUUCAGAGAAAAGCUACUUGUGCUGCUGGCAUCACAUGACUGGAUUCUUUUCUUUCUUUUUUUUCUUAUUUUUUUUUUCUUU